AUGUCAUUGACAUCAUCUAUUAAUCAAGCUCAACGAGAAGCUUAUAGACAUAAACUUAUGUUUGAAUUAAUGUUUUAUGAUAAAGAAGAAAUUGAUUUAAAACGAUAUAUUCGAGCUUUUGAUAUGAGAUUAUCACGUAAUACAGCAUUUUCAAAAAUUCCAUGUGGCCCAGUUAUUAUUAUUGAUAAAUCAAAAAUUUCAUCAUGGUCAACAAGCAAUUCAAAAUAUAAAACUGAAUUAUGUAAAUAUUAUAUUGAAACAGGUACAUGUAAAUUCGAUGGUGAUUGUACAUUUGCUCAUGGUUCUGAUGAUUUACGAAAUACAAAUCAUAAAUCAGUUUUAUGUCGACUUUUUCAUAUGACUAAUAAUUGUCCUUAUGGUGAAAAUUGUGCAUUUAUUCAUGAUGAAUAUAAACGUUCAUCGAUUAUUAUUAAACCAGGUUAUAUUUAUGCACCACGAUAUAUACAAGCGAAUGGUGAUCAAAUAACAAUUGAUGAACAAGAAUAUCAACAACAACGUUCAAGACGUUCAAGCGACGGCAACAGUCACUAUUCUUCCAAAUGA